AAAAAGGUAAACAAGGCAUCGACGUGACUCGACCGCAAACGUGAUGACCCGAGUUGACCUCAAAUGUCGAUUAGCAACGGAACGCUAACUGGCUGACUACACACAUCGCCAGCCCGUGUCUUAAUGGAAAAAAGCGAAUCAAAACGUAUAUUUUUCUUGGUCUUUAUUUGCAGUAUAAAUAGAGAAACAUAGUUUCAUUCGCAGACAUGGAAAAGAAGGGUUCUAAACGUGCCAUUAGAGUGAAAAUCAUCAGCAUGGGAAACGCAGAGACAGGAAAGAGUUGCAUCAUCAAGAGAUACUGUGAGAAAAGAUUUGUGAGCAAGUACAUGGCAACAAUUGGAAUUGAUUAUGGUGUAACAAAAGUGACAGUGAAAGAAAGAGAUCUGAAAGUUAACAUCUUUGACAUGGCUGGACAUCCUAUAUUUUAUGAAGUUAGAAAUGAGUUUUACAAGGACACACAGGGUGCUAUCCUGGCCUACGAUGUUGGAUCCAGGUCCAGUUUUGAGGCUCUGGAUUCCUGGCUGGCAGAGAUGAAGAGAGAGAUGGCCGACUCGACCGAGAUGGAAAGGGUUGUCUUCUGUGUCUGUGCAAACAAGAUUGAUAGAGGCAUGCAGCGUGUGGUCGAUGAGACAGAAGGGAGACUCUGGGCCGACAGCAAAGGCUUUCGUUACUUUGAGACCUCGGCGCUUACAGGGGAUGGAGUCACGGACAUGUUUACAGCCCUUUACCAAGGUCUUCUGACAGCAUUUGAAAAUGGAGGCCGGGCAGAGCGCAUCGCCACCACCCUUGGCUAUACCAAGGAACAGGUCGAGGCAAUACAGAGGUUGAAGACGAGCAAAAAUAAUUACGAGAGGCUAGGGCUGCCACACAAUGCUUCAAAGGAUGAGAUCAACAAAGCGUACCGGAAGUUGGCUGUUCUCUUGCACCCUGACAAGAACGUAGCACCUGGGAGUGAGGAAGCUUUCAAGAUCCUUGUCGCUUCUCGCACAGAUCUCCUCAAGCACAGAUAGUCUACGCUUUCCCACUAGACUCACAUUAUCUCGCCAGAUUUUUAUGAGCAUGAUGUAACCUUGUUGAUUUUAUCUUGAAGCAAGUAAUACCUGGAAAAUGAAACUGUGACUUGGGAAACUGCAUUUGAAAGCUUUCGAGAUCCUGGUUGCUGCUAUACACAGAUCUCCUGAUGCACAGAUAGUGUACGCUUUUCCAUUAGACUCGCAUUAUCGCGCUGGUCGCUGGUCGGACAGAUCUCCUGAAGCACAGAUAGUGUACGCUUUCCCAUUAGACUCGCUAAAGUGAUUCUAACCAGAAAUGGAGCAAGUAACUUGAGUUACACCGUCCUGAUAUGUUUAGAUUGGAGCUCUUAAACAGCUCCUGCAAUUACAGGUCUUCCUGAAAACAUAUAGUCCGCGCUUUUAUACAAGACUGUGACAUUGUCUUUUGUCAGGUAACUUGGGGAAUUUCCGUCCUGAAAUGUUCAGAUUUACUGGGCCCGAACAGCUAUUGAACAGCUCCUGAUUCAUAUACGGUAGUUAGUGCUUUCCUACAAUACUGUGACAUUGUCUUUGAUGGUUAUUAUGAACUUUGUGUAAGCUUGUGGAUUAUUUGGAACUGAUUUUUAACCAGAAAUGAAGCAAGUAACUUGAGAAACCCCAUCCUGAAAUGUUCAGAUUGGCUGGGCCAGAACAGCUCUUGAAGAGUUCUUGCAAUUACAGUUCUUCCUGGAAACGUAUAGUCUGUGGUUUCCUACAAGACUGUGAUAUUGUCUUUCAUGAGUAUGAUGAACACUGUGUAAGCUUCUGGAUUGUCUGGAAGUUAGUUUAACUGCAAAACAAGCAAGUAGCUGGGUAAUUUUCAGGGUUCCUAAGCCAGAACAAACGGAUGGUAACCCUGUCCUGUAAAGACUGUCACAUAAAGUUUUAUGUAGAUAGUGCAUAUUGAGAUUCAAAGGGGCGGAUCAAGCCGGCGGCAGGGGAGGGGGCCCAAUUUAUGAGAAAAUAUUUAGCGGGGAAAUAGCAGGCCGAUAAUUAUCUAUGUGG